GCGUUCAGAUAUAAACAAAACUUUGGCGCCAACGAGUGAGCAGAUGUGACAAAAUUCGCAAAAUUCGAUUCAAUCGUGUCGGUUAGUGGGUGCCGGAGUGUAUUUUCGAUUUUAUUUUUAAAUUUUGCAUUAAUAUCAUAGAUCUGUAAAGUGUAAACAUGGAGUUUUCUCCACGCCGUGCUCGACUUAAUCCGGAAGUUGAUUCGAGUUUAGAUGAGAUGCUGGAAUGGUUGAUUCCACACAACGUUGCACUGUACGCGAUUCCACCAAUGGUAGAUCUAUCUAUUACUGAGCUACAAGCGUUGGCCCUGGAACGAUUGAAGGUACUUCGCAUAUUGGAACAAGCCACCAACAAGAAUAUGUCAUUAAUGUCGGAAGAGGACCGUGAAACGGUAUUAAAUGAGAUGACCCAUGGCGGACUUAAGCACUAUGUAAGAUUAUGCCAGGGGAACCACUCCAACGAACAGGAUAUUUCAGCCAGGAGAAAGGAUUAUUUGUCGCAUUUUAUUCUGCGAUUUGCUUAUUGCAGUACGGAGGAAUUGAGACGGUGGUUCAUAACUCGUGAAAUGGAACUAUUUCGAUUGAAAUUUGCGGGACUUUCGCAGCAGGAUGUACAAGACUUUGUACAGGGUUACGAAAUGAAAUACACUCCGUUGAACUCAGAACAGAAGGCGGAUAUUCAGGACGAUCUCUACGAUAGUACAUUUCAAAGCACCGAGGAACUAGAGUCCAUGGAUUUCUAUAAGGUGCACUUUACGGAAGUUCUUGAUUUGGUUAGUAGUCGCAGGUGUUACGUUAAGGAAGGUUUUGCUUAUGUGAGUGCAGGUGAUUUCGUAUCGAUUAUCGCCAAUAAGCACCAGCAACUGUUGGAAGAUGGGUUACAGGCCCAUCUACGACUACUCCCGGAGGUGGAGAACGACGAACGAUUCACAAUGAUACUUAAAGAAUUGCAUACCUCCUACACAGGCAAAGAUUAUAGGGUCGCCAAAUCCGGACAAGUUCCAAUUGAAAGCUUGGAUCAAUUGUCGAAGAAAUCUUACCCUCUUUGUAUGCGUUACUGUCACGAUACAUUGCGGUCAACGCACCAUCUAAGACACGUAGGACGUCUUCAGUAUGGAUUGUACUUGAAAGCCAUUGGGGUGACUAUGGAGGAUUCUUUGCGGUUCUGGCGAGAGGAGUUUACCCGGGGAAAAGUUACGUUGGAGAAGUUUGAAAAGGAGCACGCCUACAAUAUUAGACACAAUUACGGAAAAGAGGGCUCUCGUAUCAAUUACGCUGCCCAUAACUGUAUGAAAAUCAUAACAACGAGCGUGGGACCUCAGGAAGUUCAUGGUUGCCCAUUCAAAUUAUGGGAUUCUUCAGUACUAAAAACGCAGUUAAGUUCUUUCGGUUUGAGUGCGGCACAUGUCGAAGAAGUUGAUAGCUUUGCCAGCCGAGGUCAUUAUCAGAUUGCUUGCGGAAAAUAUUUUGAAAUUUCGCAUAAUACCAAACUAGAUGAGGGCAUCGUUCAUCCCAACCAGUACUUUGAGCUUAGUCAGAUAAAAAUGGGAGCUCGGGCACCAAAAGUCAAAUCGAGCCAGGGAUCACACGGCGUCACUAAGUUCGAGAGCCAGGACUCAAUUCCGUUGGUUCACGGCAUGGAUGAAACUGCCAAAUUAGAUGAAGAAGACGACAACGAGUUGUGGGAGUUGAUGCAAACCAACGAUGCGGAAAUCAAGGAGAAGAAAAGUGAACAAAAAAGCCCUCUGUUAGCAGCCGGUACAAAAAAGAAUGCGCAUCCGGGAGUUAAAACGUUGGACUAUUGGGAAGGCGAGGAUGAUUUUGAUGCAUCUCAGGUAAAUAUGGAAGUUUAGAUUUUACUGCUGAUUACCCUCUAGAAAUAUAAAAUGUGCUGUAA